UUUAUGUGAUGGUAUCGAGCCUACUAAAUAACUUUAUUGGCUUAGAAUCGAUUAUUGUCACAUCAAGUUUAAAAAAAAAAGUUUCUUUAAUUUAAAUGUCAUUUGAUGAUCAUUGGCUGCCUCGGUUGAAUGUUUUAUUACAAUAAACACGUCAAUUCAUUAACUUUUAAAAAGUAAACUAUUAUCAAUUUACGUUCUAACAGAGAAAGUAAAAAAAAAAAAAAACAGCCCACGGAAGCUAACAGCCAGGUAUCAACAGUGCCCUAAGCGUGUGAUCGAUAUCGCCCAUUUCAAAACUGUGUCACGGCCCAAAGUCUGCUAAGUUGACAUUGCAUAGUAAAAAUGUUAGCACAAAUGAAACACGUCGCUCCUGUAUCGGAGAAGUUGUCAUGUUUAGUGUCAUUUCUUUCUUUCUGGUGUGUAUGAUUUCCUUUUUAACGACAGUAUCUUUUCGGUACAUUUCUGUUUGGUCAAGUUGUUUAGUUUAAAACGAAAUACAAGUUUGUAAAAAAAAAAUGCCUCUGGCUUUAAUUCUUAAACGGAUAGGCAAGAAGAUGGCCAGUCUUCAGUCCCAGAGAGCCCAAUGUUGCUGUUGUGCCGUGGGUGUGUUUACUUCCAUGUUUGGUAUCUUCAUGUUGUCAGCAGGCAUCUGUAUUGUACUCAACGUGACAUUUAUGGAGGUGGACACAAGUGGACUGCCACCAGAGCUACACAACGAGGAAGGCAAGAAAGUAGUCGGCAUUAUUUUAAUAUGUGUAUCGAUCGGCGCCCUGGGUGUGAGCGCCUCGGUGAGCGUUGUGUAUUUUGUCAUCUGCAACAGAAAGCCUCCACCCAAGCAACAGCCGCAGCAGCAACAGCAGCAAAAUCAGCAGCAACAUUCCAGCGGUAGCGUCAGUCACACCGCCCAACAUGGCGAGAGACCUGCAGGUGCUGAGACUCUCAACGGGCGAGUCGCUGGCAGCUGGUCACCUCAUCAACAGUAUCAGCAGCACCGUAGGCCGUCUAGUCGAAAUCCGAAUCAGGCUUCGGUGGUAGACAGGCAGAUACGCAAAGUGUUAACUCAGUCUUCUGAAUUGCCCAAUCGAUCUGCCUCCCCGCAGAUGUACAGCAGAAUCAACAGUCCAGUUGGGGUGCCCCCUCGGCGUGUUCAUAAAUCCCACCGCAGCCGUCGCCCCGUGCACAAGGCAAGGUACGUUUCAGGGUUAGAACCACACAUUGAAGAAGAUACGGAAAUGGGCAAGUCAAACAUGGACCUACAAAUGCAAGAAAGAGGCGGUGAAGCCUCUUCGCAGACUUCAAGUUCCAUUGCAUCAGCCAGCAGACAGAAUCUUGACACAGUUCAUGAGACGAGGUUCUCAAGUGGUAAGGUGGGCGCCCCUCCUGAGAUUAUUGUCAAUGCCUGGACAGUGGAACCAAGGCUAAGCGAUGUGGAGGUUGUGGCAGAAACUCAGUUUUAUGAGGGUGCUGCUCGCUCCGUGGGGCUUCUACAUCAGCAGCCUAAUAAUGAAAUCAUGGUUCAGUCUAAAGAUAUAUCUUACAUGAAUGAUGAGUAUGUUGGUUCAAACACAUUGACAUAUAACCUUCACACAGGUCAAGGUGCUUCACAUGAACUUCUACAGGACUCUGAUGAGGAGAUGGACCUUGAUGUUCCCGACAAACAAACAGGUGAAUCUCACCAUCACCAUGACAUCACUGUCUUGUCCCACGAUCACGGUCACAAUGUCACAGAAAACCCCCAACCCGUUUCAAAUGAUUUAGACAUAGCUGGCUAUGUGAGGGAAGAAGCCUCGCAUGUUGAUGCACAUUCCUUGGAAAGAUAUCCGUCCUACAACAGGGAUGAAGCUGAAAGUAGGAUUAGUUUCAGUUCUGUUGUAUCGUCUGAGGGAGGGAUUGCCACUGGAGAAGACGCUGUUGCUAUGGAGAUGAUGAGGGAGAAGAUGGAGGAGAUAUUAAAGGAGUCUCGCAGUUCUUGUUAGCUGGAGAAUAAGAUACACGAGUUGAAAUGAUGUAUCUUCUUUGACUCAAGUAUGAAUGAAGUGCUGCCUCUUAUUACAAUGUAAAUCUCCAGUUUGUUUCUCGGAAUACUUGUAUUAAUUAAAAGUCUAGCAUAUUUUGCAUUAAGAUUCUUGUCAAGCGUAUUUAGACAGCAUAAAUGUUGUGAUAUUUAUUUUGAAACAAAUUAUAUAUAUUAAAUAGGUUAAUAUAACUGACCAGUGUGUAUGAUUAUGACUGGUCUAACUGACUUGUGUAAUGAUUAUGACUGGUCUAACUGACCUGUGUAAUGAUUAUGAAUGUUCUAACUGACCUGUGUAUGUUAAUGGACGGUGUACAUGUAUGUGGGACUGUUAUCUUUUUUUAAACUGAUCAGUGUCCGAUUCUUUAGAUAUGACAGACGCAGGGUAGUCUUGACCUUAUUACUAUGUCACUUAUUUGUUUGUAUUUCUUGACAUUCUAAUUAUUAUAUAUUUUUUUUAAACACUACUAACUGUUACUGCUGAACCAUUCUGCUGUAUUUAGAUAUUAAUGUACAUGUAUCGUCUACCAAUUUUUUCCACCUGGGCUUUUUUGUUUUAAUUUCAGGCUGCAAACAUCCAAAACUUGCCUGGACACCGGUAGCUUAACCAGGAUUGUUGUCGGGGGUUGGGGAAUUUUUUUACAGUUAAUUAAAUCUCUUAUUCAUUAGUUAUUAAGAUCAAAAUGUUCACUCUUACAAAUGUUGGUCAGCUGUUGUCUUUAGAAAAAAAAAUUCUUUUUAUUUUGUUUGUUUUGUUGUUCCCUUCAAUGUUCAAGUAGCAGAAACAAAAAUAGUCUCCAUUGCUUAGUAGCAUUCAUAUUGGCAUUUUCCUCCGUAGUUUGUCUUAUGUUUGAAAAAGUACUUCUAACUUCAUUCUGCUUGUUAAAACAGGACAAGUUUUUAAUUCCACAAUUUAGGGUUGAAAUCUUCUACGAAUGUGCCCAGCGAAAUCAACAAAGUGAAUCAUUUCAAUCGAUAUGCUCAAUAUUUCACUCAUUUCUAAAUCGAAUUAAAAACUUGAAUAUUUACAUUAUGAGUGUAACUUUUUUUUUUAUCGUAAUGACAAUAUGACGAACCGGUUUGAACCUUUCACUAGACCUGAUUCGGCCUGCAGGCCGUGGUUUGCCCAUCACUGAUAGAUAAGACAUUGAUUAGGUUCCUGAGUCAUGUCCUAAUGGGUCACUUCCUAUUUUAACAUAGUCAACUAUUUUAAUGUUUCGUUUUUUUUUUGUUUUUUUUUUUGUUCAAUGGUCAUGUAUGUUUUGAUGGCACUUCAUUUCCCAUGAGAAGAAUUAUGUACCUGGAGUCUUGGAUACAGAUUGUACUCCUUGAAUAUAUUCUGUUGGCUACAUGUGUACAUGUACAAGGUGAAUGUAUUAAAUAUUUACACGUUCUGCAUUAAUGCCAUUGUUACUUUUACAAUUAUGAACCUUCCGGCAAACUUACACUUGGUGAUAUUAUACUGUGUUGUAACUUGACAAAGUCUGGAGAUAUCAAUAUAUCGACUUUUACAUUUGUACAUUACUUGCACAAUAUUCCGCAGCAAACGUUUAGAUUUGCCUUUGAUCUCACCUGCACCCCCUCCCCACCCCCACUGUCCUAGGUUAGGUCAGGUGUUGGUGAUAUCUGGUUUCACCAUCACGAGCUGACUAGAACAGAGUCUCUCUCCACCAAGGGGCCGGUGUAAUAGUGAGUAUGGACAAAUGACGUAUUUAGAAAACACAAAUCUUGUGCUUGUAUAGCGGUGCAAGGAGAAUGUGUGUGUCUGUGUGCUUGUCCCCUCCAGCCACAACUUAGUGUGUUUCUGUUACCGGUUCUCCUAGAGGUUACAGGCUGUCAAAAUGUUCCAUUCAUCAUCAUGUCUUCUCUAAUGUGGAGACAAAUCCCCAAUGCACAUAGAUGACAAAGUUAAUUAUUCAUACACAGAAAAUUGUGAAGGCGUUUAGAGAUAAGACUUUGUGAUCUCCAAGCUAGUCAUUUCUUCUUGACUCCGACAUGAUCUGUAUCUGUUAAUAUGAAUGUAUACACAUUUUUAAAAUGAAUGUAUUUUAUGUAUUUUAAGCUGCUGUCCAUAUUUUAUUGAUUUUGUAUUUCAGUUCUAUAUUAAACAAAGACUAGACACUUUGUCAUGUGGCCAGAAAGCUUCCUAGGCUGUGCUAAGCAAUACACAUGUACUAUUUUUGCGUUCUGUGUAUAUAACUGACACUUGUAUUUUUUUCCGUCCUCCAAAAUUGUAUUAUUUAUUUGAAUGGCAUUUGGAGUCCAUUCCAGUACAUACAAGUUCUGGCCAGUUAACUCAUGUCGAGCAGUGUCUCCCUUUACUUUGGGCUGUCAGCACAUUGUUGCAACUAAUUUCAUAGAAGUUUUAGAUUCUAGAGCAGCACUUGUUUUGUAGAAUUAUUUAUAAUAGAUUUAGAGUUAUUAGUAACAAAUAAUAAGGUUUGUCUUCGAGUCCGAAGAUUAGCGAGGAAUGCAGUAUUUCCCGUGGCUGCGCAGACCCAGCUGUGACCUACAUAUUUUGUCACAUCCAGGGCAAGCAUAAACAUUGUAUUAGUAAAAAUAUAAGUAUCAAGAUAAUUUAAAGAUAGAAUGAAAAAUAAAUCAUUCCCUUAAUUUUGUUCAAAACGAUAGCUUUCUUUUUUUUUUUUCAGAAUAUUUGACUUGUUGAAACAAUUCUUAAACACUAUCAAAGUAAGUCUCAUAUACUUUAUUUAAGCAGCUCCAGUCCAUAUAGAUCUAAGUACUAACAUUUUAUCUGAAACUUUUCAUUAGGAAUCUUUGAGAAUGUGCACAACAAAACAUCGAAGUGUUUCAUUUGCUACAUCUUUUUUUUUAGUUUGGAACUUUAUGACAUUUCUGUGAUUGGUUUCAUGCACACGUGACUUUGUUUUUAAAUUUGUUUUAUUAUUAUUUUGUUUUUGAUGUAAUGUUUGAUGGCAAUGAUCAAUGCAAAAUGCUUCCAAUGUGAAGCUUGACAUUAUUUGCAAAGUAUCUUUUAUCACCCAACGUUUUAUUUAUAGAACAUCCUCGCCCACUGACAGUCUGUCCUGUCAAUGACCUUUCAUGUAUGAACAUUGUCUCAUUUGGUCUCACUUUACUGCUGAGGUCAGCGUGUUCUUGUUCAACACUCUCAUCGGCUGGUCAGUGUUCCUGGACAUUUAAUGAGUUGUUGUUUUCUCUCAGCGUUAUGUUUUAUCACCGUGCCAUCGCAUCUCAGUUUGUCCCCCGUCUCUCAGUUUGUUAACGUUCAGAGCGUCAUCUCGUUGCCUGGCACUCAGUGGUGCCGGUGGCUCAGUGGUGCCGGUGACUCGGUGAAUUUCUUCCAUAGAACCAUUUUGUUUAGCUAGGGUGGGAUGGUUAGUCCAAAUCUAAUACUGACAUCUAAAAAUGAGUAUUCGAUUCUAAACAGUUCUCAGGCUAAAUCAGAGGUCUAUGUCCCCCACCCACUCCCACAAUACUUAUAAUAUACUUUAGCGUUUUCUUUUUUUUUUCUUUCUUUCACUUCUUAAACUAUUUUCCCAUGUAGAAACAGACCAUUUGUCCAGUGUCUCUUGGAACUACUGAGUGCUUGAGUUUGUCUUUAAACUUCCUUUGGACAGACUCUGUUUCAAUCGUCUUUGUGCAAAGAGCAUUUUUUUUUACAGAUUAGGCAUUUUGAAGUUCCGUCCCUCAAAACCUUUCUGGUGUAUGUCUUGCCCUGUACGGAGACACCAUGAACAACACUGUCAUAUACCUGGACCGUGCUACAAGGGAGAUAAUCCCCGCAUGAAGUCUUAGUGCAUGGAGUCUUACAAAUAGUGUGAGCAUUAGUUCAAUCCAGUACUUACAAAUAGUGUGUGGCUUAGUUGACAUGCAACGUCACAAUCUGUGGGCAAUUUAACCAAUAGCUCGUUGCCACAUUGUACAGACCUGUGACGUGGCAGUUCAGUGUUCAGGCCUUCUCUAACGAAUGGUCUCGGUUCAACCCAGUGGCUGAUGGUCCAACUUACAGUAAGUCAUGUUCCUUAACAAAAAUAAAGGGUCAUUCAAAUCUUGACCAUUGUGGCCACUUAGCAUAGUUUUCCCUGUCACCCUAACCUCGCGCCUAGUGAAAUAGAGUUCUGCGUAUAGUAGUGCAAGAAUAAUAUUUUCUCUCAUUUAAAGUUUAAAUCUCACAAGUAGAAAUGGGUUAGGCUAAUUGUGUAUAUAUUUUGAAAAAUAAAUCAAACACAUUUCCAUUUUUUUUGUUUUGUAACUUAUUUCAUGGCUUUUAGGUUUUAUGCAACUUAUAUACUACCAUGGGCCGACUAGCACCAUCAAACGACCCCUUUUUCUAAACAAGCUUUUUAAAAAAAAUCUGAGGCCCAAUAGGGCUUGAAAGAGUGUUCCAUCUGUCCGUGUCAGCACUUUUAAUUUUCCAUUGAGUACUUGUGCACCUUGAUAAUCUACUCUCUCCCCUGCACACGCUAAAAAUAAAUCAAUUGGCCUUUUCCUAGUGUAUGACGUCACAUUAAGGCGACGAAGGCCACUUUGUCGUUUAUUGACUUUUGAUCUUAAGUUUUCCUUACCUCACCCACACAGCAUGCACUUGUAGAAUUGCCGGAUAUUGGCAAUGGCCCCUGAUGUGACGCACGACAAUCCGACACAUCCAGCAACACGCCACUAUGGCGCACAGAUGCUCGCUACAUUUUCACACCCGUCUUACACAUUAUCAAAUCUUUCUCAGCCUACGUAAUCAAAAUCAAACUCAUUGGGGCAUGACGGUCAAUGAUCCUGUGGCUGUUAUCUCUUUUUUUUUUAAACUGUCCACGCAUUAUUUGUCCAGAAGGCGCGGUCGCUGAGUGGUAAAGAGCUUGGCUUCUGAACGGGGGUCCCGGGUUCGAAUCCUGGUAAGGACUGGGAUUUAAUGGGAUAACUGACAUUAGUUAGGGAAAAGUAGAGGUGGUUGUUCGUUGUGCUGGCCACAUGACAUCCUCGUUAACCGUAGGCUACAGAAACAGAUCACCUUUGCAUUAUUAACCGCGUAGAUCACAAGGUCUGAAAGGAGAACUAUUAUUUGUCCAGAAAUCCUCUCAUAACAUAUGAGUCUUUCUUGCAUUUUUUUUUUUUUGUUGUUGUUUUUGUGGACUAUAUAUAAAAGAUUAAAGUUAUUAUUUUUUUACUUAUGUAAACUACAUACAAUUGUUGUCAUUGUGAACUCUGAUAAUGUGUAUAAAAUAAAUCAAUUAUUUGCUACA